UAACCAAUCUAUAAAUACACACACACACCACACACACUCAUAAAUUCAAAAACAACAUAUAUAUUUCCUCUGUCUAAAUUUAAUCAAAGAAAACACAAAAAGAUGAAAACAUCUUCUCUUCUUUCUUUGUUCUUGAUCGUCUUCAUCUUGCUACUUUCUCAAUCCCACAUAAUCUCAAGCAAACCUCACGGAUCCAAGAUCAUUCCUUUGGGCCGGGAACUAGUUGAAAAUGAAGAGUACCCGGAAGGUUCGUCUCACGGUCAUCACCAUCAUGACCAUCUUCGAGCUUUCGUGAAGAAAUCCAAGAAGUCCAAGAAGAAGAAGAAGUCGUCGGCUACUAGAAAUAUUCUCUCUAGCCCACUUACUUAUCUAUCUACUGUUGUAACUUCCUUUGUUUUACUGCUAGCCGCAUUCUAAUCUAUUUACCAAGAUUAUGUUGCGGCUUGUGGUUUUAAAUUAUUUUUUGUUUUUCUCGUCAAAUGGUUUGAAUUUACAUGUUUGAUUGAGUUUUGUAUUUGUGGUUGUUUGAUUUACUUUUGGGGACAAAGAUUGAGUUUGUAACUCUCUAAAAUUUGAAAGUUGUUUUCUCUGGUUGUAUUAUUAAUGUGGUUCUUGCUAAUUUUUGCUGC